AAUAAUCGAAUUUCCAUUGACAAAAAAAUUCUUCUCUAUGCCAAUUGACAGGAUUUUAGCACUACCUGUUUAUCAUGCGAAACUUCAUAGCAAAACGACCUGUCGUUUAGAAACGGGGCUUCCACACUGUUUGAAAAAAGAUUAAAAGAGCGCAAGAUGACGCCAAUUGGGAGGGCUUUUGUCUGCUUAAACCCUAAACCCUAUCUUCUUCUCUUGCCCAAUCAGAGUUUCAGUUUAGGGUUUCGAAAUCCAAAAAAAAAAAAGAGACAAUGAUUCUAUGCGGUUCAACUUCAACGCUCCAUUUCUACAGUUUAUCAACUACCCCAAAACUCCUCUCUCAUUUCAGCCACUGCUCUUUUCUCUCUACUUCUUCGCCAUUUGCUCGAAUCUGUUUAAUUAGGCUGAAUCAAUCCUAUGGGCGCCGAAUCAGGGCCUUCAGUGGCGCUACUGUUGCUGUCUCUGUUCCAAAGAAAACUGGGAGGGAUACCUUCUUGGCUGAAGAGAGUGUUUCAUGGAAGUCUUUAGGCUUAUCUGAUAGGAUCUCUCAGGCCCUCUCUAAUGCCGGUUUCGACAGACCCUCCCUCGUUCAGGCUGCCUGUGUGCCAUCUAUACUCUCCAGAAAAGAUGUGGUAAUUGCGGCCGAAACUGGUAGUGGUAAAACACAUGGUUAUCUAGUUCCCCUGAUUGAUAAGCUCUGUAGUGCUCAGCAUGAUGGGGAUAAUGAUUCCAAGCAAGCAUCUGCUUCUUCGCGUAGUUUUUCUGUUGUUCUUUGCCCAAAUGUAUUGCUUUGCGAACAAGUGGUUCGAAUGGCUAAUGGUCUUUCUGACAAUAAUGGUGAACCACUUCUCAGAGUCGCAGCAGUCUGUGGUCGACAGGGGUGGCCGGUGAACAAACCUGAUAUUAUUGUGUCAACACCAGUUGCUCUUCUGAACAAUAUAGACCCCAAAAAAAACCAUGGUUUGGAUUUCAUUCGUGGUGUAAAGUACGUGGUUUUUGAUGAAGCAGAUAUGCUUCUAUGUGGGGGCUUUCAGAAUCAUGUUAUCCGUCUUAUACACAUGCUCCGUUUUGAUGAAAAGCUAUUGUCUCGGAUGAAUAAAUCUGGAUCUGAGAACCCUGUAGAACUGAAUUCUGAUUCUCUAUCACAAUUUGACUUUGAGGGUGAGGAAGACAUACAAAAUGAAUCCAUCUCUGAAUCAGAGGAAAUUUCUGAGGAUGAUGUUGAUGCUGAGGACUUGACAGAAAAAACUAAAACUUUGAAUGUCAAGAAAAAGGACUGGAGGAGAGUGAGAAAAAAUUUUGAACGCAGUAAGCAGUACAUAUUUGUUGCAGCUACCCUUCCAGAUAAUGGAAAGAAAACUGCGGGUGCAGUAUUGAAAAAGAUGUUUCCAGAUGCCAACUGGGUUAGUGGAAACUACCUCCAUUAUCACAACCCUAGGUUGAAGGAGAAAUGGAUUGAAGUGACGAUUGACACACAGGUUGAUGCACUAAUAGAGGCUGUAAAGCAAUUUAACUCAAAAGCUUUAGAUCAUGGUGCUGAUGUUAGUCGAACCAUGGUGUUUGGAAACACUGUUGAGGCUGUUCUAGCGGUGGCAAAUAUACUCCAGAGGGCCGGGAUUGAGUGUUACCGUUACCACAAGGACCUCUCUUUGGAAGAGCGUGCCGAGACCUUAGAUGAUUUCCGAAAGAAAGGUGGAAUUUUUGUGUGCACAGAUGCUGCUGCACGUGGUGUUGACAUUCCAAAUGUGUCUCAUGUCAUCCAGGCAGACUUUGCCACUUCUGCAGUAGAUUUCUUGCAUAGGGUUGGUCGCACAGCACGGGCUGGUCAAUUUGGAGUUGUUACCAGCCUCUACACUGAAUCCAACCGGGACCUUGUUAAUGCAAUUCAAAAAGCUGAGAAGCUGGGUCAGCCUGUGGAAGCGGCAUUUAGCAGGAAAAGAAGUUUCCGAAACAAGCUUAAGAAGAGAGCAGGUUCAAACAAAGCUGAAGAUAUAUCAAAAACUGAAUUGAUGGUGUAAGAAACAUGGUAUGUAAAGUAGAAUAGAUAGCGAUUGAUCUAUUAAAUUAUUCUGCUCGGUUAGAUUGUAGCCUUAUCAACUAAGUGAAUUAUGGUUCCUUUGAAUUAUAGUAUUAAAUAUUUUAGUAAAUACAUGCAAUAUUCAAGAGA